AAAAAUAUUGUGACCUAGAGUUAUUUGCAGGAAGCAAUUUAUAUUUAUAAUAAAUAAUUAUAUUAUUUAAGAUAAUAACAUGGCAAAGCCUGCAAACAAAGGUGGGAAGAAGUCGAGCGAGGAGGUGUUCACCGGUUUUCAAACCCUGCGCGCUGAGCAGCGCCAGCUCGCCAAUAAAAUCUCUGAGCUGGAAAUGGACUUAAACGAGCACAAGAUCGUGGUGGAGACGCUGAAGGGCGUGGAGGAGGAGCGGCGCUGCUUCCGCAUGGUGGGCGGCGUGCUGCUGGAGCGCACGGCGGGCGCCGCGCUGGCCGAGCUCGAGGCCAACCUGCAGCGCCUGCCGCACGCGCUCGCCGCCCUCAAUCAACAACUUGCUAACAAGGGCCAGGAAAUCAAUGCUUACAUCGAGACCCACGACAUUCGCCUGCAGCGCGGCGCGACCACGGCGCCCGCGCCCCCGCCCGAGGCGGCGCCCUCGCAGCAGAACAACGUGCUGGUGGCUAGCGGCUGAGCGACCGUCACAAGGCAUGCAUCUCCACUUUGUGCAACAACUUACUGAAACUGUAUAGACUGUAAAUAUACCUGAUGCCAUCACUCUGCUAACUGCCUUGUUAAACGGCACUCAACCAGAAAUUAACAAGUUUCAGAUUUUUUACUAAUUGUUUUAUACAUCCUUGAGUGGGCUCAACUAUCCAUGCAUCUGAAUUGUGUAGUUUGUAAAAGGCUCAUAAGAGAUUUGCUUAAUAUUACAAAAGAAUAGUUAUUUCUUUAUAAAUUCAGAAAUACAUUCUAAAUUAUGUAUUUUUAUAAUAAUAAAAGUAUGUCCUUUUGGUAUAAAAUAAAGUAAUCGAUUCAUUUAAAUUGAUUUUGCUUAAAAGGUAAUUUAAGUUUGUAUUAAUUUAGAUUCUAAUUCUAUGGAUUAAACAUAUUUUAUAAAUUUA